UAAAAGUGUCUGUUAUAGUAAUGGAAGCAUUCUAUUACCACAAGUGCAGUGCUGGAUUUAGGGGGUGCUAUAUUAGUGCAUUUAUUUAUUGUUCUUGUUUUAGUGGAUUCGAAUAUUUUAUUGGAGCAUGAAUAUUCAGAUACUAGCAGUACUAUGCUGCUCGAUAGGUGUUACAUUAUCAGCUAUUGCUCCAGGACAAAACGCCUACCUUCCUCCAAAAAAUGGAUAUAAUUAUGAUAAACCACAAAUUCCAUUCCAACCUCAAAGACCAACUUCUCCCCCAUUCCAACCUCAAAGACCAACGUCCCCACCAUUCCAACCUCAAAGACCAACUUCCCCACCAUUCCAACCUCAAAGACCAACUUCCCCACCAUUCCAACCUCAAAGACCAACUUCUCCCCCAUUCCAACCACAAAGACCAACUUCACCUCCAUUCCAACCUCAAAGACCAACUUCCCCUCCAUUCCAACCUCAAAGACCAACAUCCCCUCCGUUCCAACCUCAAAGACCAACUUCCCCUCCAUUCCAACCUCAAAGACCAACCUCUCCUCCAUUCCAACCUCAAAGACCAACUAGUCCACCUUUUAGACCACCGUCAUCCACUCCUCCAGGCUACUUACCACCAGUAGGACCAACUUCUCCUCCGUUCAGGCCACAACCAAGCCCAGGAACUUACAAACCAACUGUAUCUCCUAACUACAGACCUUCACCGACCUAUGGACCUCCUACUUCCAGGCCAGGAAUACCAUCAUUCCGACCAACAGGUACUCCAGCACCAACUUAUGGACCUCCCACCUCUAGACCAGGGACCUUCAGGCCUGUUGGACCGACUUCCAGACCUUCAGUUCCAACAGGACCACCAAGUCCUGGUUAUGGAGAAAACGACCAUCUUCUAGUACCACACAAACCAGCUGAACCUUUCGACUUUACCUAUGCAGUAAAGGAUGACCAAUAUGGUACAGAUUUUUCACACAAUGCCAUCAAUGAUGGUGAUACCACACAAGGAGAAUACAAGAUCCAACUUCCAGAUGGAAGAACACAAAUCGUAAAAUACACUGCCAACUGGGCUACAGGAUUCCAUGCACAGGUUCGCUAUGAAGGAAAUCCUACUGGACCUUAUCCUGGACCUGGACAACCCUCUAGACCUGCUCCAGGACCUUAUCCCGGACCAGGACAACCAUCCAGACCUGCCCCAGGGCCAUACCCAGGACCAGGACAACCAUCCAGGCCAGCUCCUGGACCAUACCCAGGACCCGGACAACCAUCUAGACCUGCUCCAGGACCUUACCCAGGACCAGGCCAGCCAUCAAGGCCUGCUCCAGGUCCAUAUCCAGGACCAGGUCAACCAUCAAGGCCAGCUCCAGGACCUUAUCCUGGACCAGCACCAUAUCCAGGACCAGGAAAACCAUCUAGGCCAUUCCCUACACCUAGUCAGCCAUCUCCGGGUCCAUUCCCUGGACCAGGACAACCAUCUAGGCCCUUCCCUGGACAGCCAUCUAGACCAUUCCCUGGACCAGGACAGCCAUCUAGACCAUUCCCUGGACCAGGACAGCCAUCUAGGCCUUUCCCUGGACCAGGACAGCCAUCUAGGCCUUUCCCUGGACCAGGACAGCCAUCUAGGCCAUUCCCUGGACCAGGACAGCCAUCUAGGCCAUUCCCUGGACCAGGACAACCAUCUAGGCCAUUCCCUGGACCAGGACAACCUCUAAGACCAGCUCCAGGUCCAGGAUAUCCCUCAGGAAGACCAUCAGUACCUUUCCCAACACCAUCACCACCAUCAAGACCUACACCUGGACAACAGUACGAUAAAAACGGCGGAUAUCAAUACUAGGAAAAUUUUAAAUAAUUUAUAUUGAAGAAAAAGAAAAAUGAGAAAUGAAGAUGUGAUGAAGGACUUAUCGGAUAAAUAUUCAGUUUCGCCGCAGUUAUAUGCAAGUUCCUAUUUUUUUUCGGGUAAUUCAUGUAAAUAAUCGAAAAGAGAAAUGUUCCGAUUUGAAUGUAUAAAAUUGUACUCCUUUCGUUCAGCUUAGAAAUUGUAAAAAAAGUUAGGCAACCAUUAAUUCAUCACAGCAAUCAGUAUGUAUGUAAUAUAAAAUAAAUGUGUAAAUGUA